AGCACGCGCCCGUUUCCAUUUCCUGUGCAGCUUCUCGUUUUCCUUCUGGAGUUAGAGCCCAGAUUUUCGGCAGCGCCGAUGGCUCCGCUCUGCGCCGCGCUGCUGGCUCGGCUCCUGCUGGGGCAGCUCAGCCUCGUCCCAGCGUGGCUCUCGGGUGCGGGUGCCCAGGCAGAUCCGAGCUUCCAGCUGCGACAGCCCCAGAAGGAGAUGUCGGUGAUCGCAGGGGAGACGCUGACCCUGACCUGCACCGUGUCUGCAGGGCGUCCCGUUGGCCCCGUGAAGUGGCUGAAGGGCUGGGGCAGUGGCAAUGAGACCAUUUAUGACCAGAAAGAACCCUCCUCAUCCCGCGGGACGAGGGCAGUGAAUGGAUCCAACACAGACUUCACCAUCCUCAUCAGGGACGUCCGCCCCGAGGAUGCCGGCACCUAUUACUGUGUGAAGUUUCGCAAAACGGACACCGGUGAUGAGUUGUAUCGGUGUGGUGAGGGCACGGUGGUGUCGGUGCAGGCCAGACCCUCCAACCCGACUGUGUCUGGGCCCAGCCGCCGAGUGGAGCCGGGGAAGACGGCGUCCUUCACCUGCAAGACCGGGGGGUUCUUCCCCAGUGACAUCCAUGUGAAGUGGUUCAAGGACAGGGCCCCGAUUCAGGCUCAGCCGAUCCUCAUCACCCCUGGGCCAUCGAACUUCACCUACAACAUGUCCAGCACCGUGAACUUGACGCUGCAGAAGGACGACAUCCGCUCAGAGCUCACCUGCGAGGUGCGGCAUGCCACGCUGACGGCCCCGCUGAACAGGAGUUACCAUCUGAGCCACAUCCUGCGAGUUCCCCCCAGCGUGCUCGUGGCUCAGUUUCCGGACCCCGUGGGGCUGAACAAGACGGUGAACUUCACCUGCGACGUGCAGGGGUUCUACCCGGGAAGCGUGACCGUGACCUGGCUGGAGAAUGGGACGGAGAUGAACACGGGGAGCCCCCCCCGGCCGACGGAAACCCCCGAGGGCUUGUUCGAGCUGAGGAGCACGGUGGCAGUGCAAGCCGUGCAGGAGAAGAACGGCUCCGUGUUCACCUGCUGGGUAGUGCACGAGGGCCAGGACCCCAUCGGCAGCAGGGCCACGCUGCGUGUCGCUGCCUCAUACCAGAAGGAAUCCAACUCCCCCAACCCAAACGGCAGUUCGCUCUUCAUCUACGUUGCGGUGGGAGUGGUCUGCACUGUGCUGGCACUGCUGGUGGUUGCAAUUCUCUACCUCAUCCGGGCAAAGCAGAGCAAGGGUAAAAGCUCGCCAUCUGCUAGGUUACAUGAGCCAGAGAAGAGCAGCGGAACAACCACCCAGGAGUCUGACCCCAACAACCUGACCUACGCUGACCUGAACUUCACCAAAGAGAAGAAGAACAUCCAGCGGAUCAUCGAGGUGAGCCAGCAGUCGGAGUACGCCUGCAUCCAGAGCAGCCAGGCACCCGCCAGCAACGACAACCUCACCUAUGCAGACCUGGACAUGGUGCACCUCAGCAAGGCGCCCCGGCGGCCCGCCCCGUGCCCCGAGGAGACCACCUCUGAGUAUGCCAGUGUCCAGAUCCAGCAGCAGUGAGCGGGGCUGCACUGGCUGGGGCUCGUGGGGUCCAGGUCCUCCCUGGGGGAGCUUUCUUGGCAGCACCGAUUGCUACGGUACCUGCGGUUUGGGAUGGAAGUGCAGCCUUUGGUACUGUGGCUGCUCCUGGGGGCUGACUUCUGUCCGCAGAGACUUGAUUUUUGGGGCAGCGUGGGGACUCCUUGCCUAUGGGACUCCCCCUUGGCCGAGAGGGCCCCUGAGCUGUGGUGCGUUGGGUUUGCUUGCAAAACCCAAGGAUGCAUUGCUGGAGAGUGCUGCAGCUCAUCAGGAAACCCUGGCCAGGCUGGGGGGGGGACCAGGACAGUGCCUCCGAGCCAGAUGCUGUGGGGAUGCUGCUGCCACAGCUUCCCGCAGCUGGGGCCCCCAUGCUGCCUUUGGGGGCUCUCCUGCCUGGAAAAACUCUGGCUUUAAAGGAAGGACCUGAGCCUCUCUCUUCCCAAGUGUCUCUUCUGCGGGCUCUCACACCACGGCCACCGAGGCUGGGGAGGUGUGCGAGGUGUGUGAGGCGAGCCAUGGCUGUGCUGGCUUUCCCAUAUUACGCUGUCCAGGACACAGCGGACGGGGCAGUGCAGUUCCCCAGCACCGAGCAUCUUCCUCCUCCUCCUCCUCUUCCUCGGCACAGCCUUGCCCUGCUCCAGGACCGAGCCGUGCUGCCCCGGGCCUGUACAAAGCGUGCAGCUCCCUCUGCAGCCACGCAGCCCCGGCCGGGCUUCGGGGCCGCAGCAAGGCCCCGCUCCCACGGGGCACAGUUCCCCCAGGCGAUGUUUAACAUGUUUUGACUGUUUGACAUGUAACUCUUAAUUUUUAGAGCUUAAAACCCAAUGUUUCUUGUGUUGUACGUGGGUGUACUGCUGUGUAUGUAGCACUAGAAUAAGAUGUGCAAAAUUAAGAACGAGGCCUACGUUAAAAAAAAAAAAACAAAACACCCUAAACCCUGUAGAGCUUGAGCGUCUCACAUGCCCCCUUCCACCCCCAAGCUUGGCUGGGGGGCCAGGCCAGCUCCCUGCAGCCAGGGACAGGGGGGGACACGUGUCUUUGUAUC